AAGAAGCGUGAACUUGAACGCAGCCUUCAGUGCUGAGUGCGAGUCCAGGCAGAGGCCAGCCAGUCUUAUCAGUCUGCCCCCGCCGCUCGGCUUUCGGUCAACUUAUCGGAGAAGGAGCAGCUGGACGGUCUUUGGUGUUUGGAGGAUUUUUUUUUUUUUUUUUGCCUGUUUGGGACUCAGAAAGGUGCCAGACGCGGAGCGCUCGACGCGAUGUCCAGGCGCAAACUUGGAAGCAGACCGCAGCACCUGAGUGCAAUUCAAGAUGCCACUGACAUGGCAGAUGACAUCGGUCCCUCAGACGACCAGCCUCCUCCUCCUGCUCCUCCACAGGUCCGGGCUCCCGACGAGGGUCGUGACCUCCUGACCUGCGGCCAGUGCAGCCGGGCCUUCCCCCUCGCCCACAUCCUGGCGUUCAUCCAGCACAAACAGGGCGGCUGCCGCCGACGCCAGGCCCCCAACGCCAACGCCACACCCCCCUCGCCUGCCAACCGAGCACAGCAGCGCAUCGCCAGCGCCGAGCUGGGGCCGGGCUUCAUCGAGCUGAGGAGAGGGGCUGCCAGGGACAGGGCCUGGGGGGAGGAGCCCGGCGUGAAGGCGGAGCACAGCAAAGCAGUGCCCGAGGAGCCCUCCUAUUUCACCUGCCAGCAGUGUGAAGGCGUCUUUCAAUCUGCAUGGGCGCUCUUACAGCACGCUCAGCAUGCACACUCCUUCAGCAUCUACCAAGAGGACGAGGAGGAUGACAUAAGAGGUGGAGGAGGAAGUCUUAAAGAGCACAAGCCUGCUGCGGCCACUCUGGACCCUCGCCACCUGAGCCAAGCUCUUGCGUCAGCCUUUCAACCGUCCGCCCUGCGCCACGGUCGCUCCCGUCAGACACACGCUGCCGCCUCCUCCAGUAACCUGCAGGCUCUGAACUUUUCAGUGCGGCUCAGGGAGCUGGCAGAGGGGAAUAAUAAUACCACCGCGGGCAGCUCCCCCGGAGGCCUGAUGCUGUCUCCGUCCUCUUCCCCACCAGCAGCCUCUCCCUUCCCUCAGACUAAUGCCCUGCAGGCUGACUUCCACUGUGAGCCGUGUGACCAGAACUUCCAGUCCCUGCGCGCCCUGUCUGCCCACCGCCGGACCCACACCUGCGAGAGGCCUUAUCACUGUGGAGUCUGCGGCGAGGCUUUCGCCCAAAGCGGCCAGCUGGCCCGUCACAUAAGGAGCCAUCACAGGGUGACUGGAGGUGGUGGAAGUGGAUAUGAGUCAGUGGAGAUGGUCGUGAUGGAGGAGGAUGCAGGCAGGCAGGGAAUGAGAGGGGGGCUUCAAAUGCAGCCCGGUGGAAUCAUGGGAAAGGGAAUGGUUGGCGUGGACAUGAGAGCCCAGGGUCCCUCCGAGCUAGACCUGACCCUGCCCAAGCACCCCUCCAUAGCUUCAGGCCUGAUGCUGCUGACCUCGCAGGUUAGACCGUCAGACAGGGAGCUUCUGAGGCUGUACCAGCGCCAGAGAGAGGGGGGAGAGGGAGGAGAGGAGGAGGCCGAGGGGCCGGGCGAGCCUCAGCACACCUCACCCUGCGCCAGCCCCUCUGAAGGCUCACUGGAGAGCGGAGAGACGGGAGGCAGCGGUGAGAGCGGCAUCGCCAGUGGCAACUGCACGCCCAAACGACCAGAGAUGGGCGACAGAGUGCGAGGAGUUGGGGAGUGGGAGAAUGAAAGAGGAGAGAUCAUGGAGAGGGAGAAAGAGUGGAGCUCAGCCAAAGUCAGCGAGGUCGUGCAGGAGUGGCAGAGGGAGAAUGAACGGAGGAGUGUGGCAGGAGGUGUGGGCAGCGGAGGAAAUGGCAACAGUACUACGGCCGGUUCAUCUGGUAAGAAGAAGAAAGAUGAGGCCUGCGAGUACUGUGGUAAACAGUUCAGAAACAGCAGCAACCUGACUGUACACCGCCGCAGCCACACAGGUGAGAGACCCUACCGCUGCGGCCUCUGCAACUAUGCCUGCGCUCAGAGUUCAAAGUUAACGCGCCACAUGAAGACCCACGGCGCCCAGGGAGCAAAGGCUUCCUUUCUGUGCCAGCUGUGCGCGGUGCCCUUCACCGUGUACGCCACUCUGGAGAAGCACCUGAAGAAAGUUCACGGCCUGAGCCACGCCAGCGUCGGCGCGUACGCGCAGGCCAGUGCUGCAGACACUCUGGCUGCCAUAAAAGCUGAAGAAGAAGCGGUGGUGGUGAAAAUGGAGGAGGACGAAGCCAGUUUGGAUCAGAUGGAAAUGGAGAGCAAAGUGCAGAGCGAUGUGGUGAAAAGCGUGGCGGCAGAGGAGGGGCGGAGCCAAGCGGAGUACAGGGACAACAUUGGGAGUCCAGCCAUAGUGCCACCUGCGAGCAAUGCAGAAGUGAGCUUAGCUUUGACUUCUGCGCCAUGAGAGCUGUUCUCAUUCACUAAUUGACAGUAAAAUGGCACUGUACAGGAUUUAACUCGCCCGAUCAAUUAAAAAAAACUCAUCCCAUCAUUGAACUGACUGUCAAGUCAAAGCCGAAGACAGCAGCAGGCAGCUCCGUCCUCUCUGCCAGCACGGAGGCACCCAGCAGCCAUCAGCCACGUUGUGCACAGUUGUAUGCAAAGCUGCUGGGUGAAACUAAGUGCCUACAGUUCUUUAGACCACAGAGCAAAACAAGGCCGUGACAUUCAGCAGGGAGAUUACCAGAGCUCUUGAACAGGAAGUGAACCGCCACAGUCCACACCGACACAGGAAACUGAUCACCAUGUUGCAGUGCAGGAUGCAAAACACAAGUGAUUUAUCUCUCUGGUGACCCACCGGACAGGUGGAGACAGAUAUUAACUGUCAGAUAAUAUAGAGAAGGGAUUAUAUUGAGUAAAAAAAAGCCUAGCAAUAGAACGAUGUUAAUAUAUUUUCAGCAUCAGCGGAUGGAGAGAGGUCACAUUGUGCUACUUAGCUGUUGCUGGUUUUCUUUUCUUUUUUUUUGUUUGAAGACUUUUAAAGACUUAAGAUGUUUGAACAGACACAGAGGUGAAAUGAAUCCAAACACUGUCUGCCUGCAGUUUCUCAGACUUUUAAAGGCGCUUGGUUGUCACAACACUUGUCACUGAACGUAAUGUUUACAGGGCUCACAGCGCCCGGCGAGGUUGUGCUCCUGACUUUGUGACAGUAUGUAUGUAUGGAUUUUCUUUUGUUCUAAUUUUAUAAAUGUGAAUACGGAGACUUUAAAGUCUCAUCUACUGACGUUUAUUUUCCAUGAUUAGGUUCUAUGCAUUAAAAAAACUGCAAUUUUACUUACAUGUGAAACGGGUGUGUAUUAUUUUUCUCUAUUUGUAUCUAUUAUUGUGAUGGUAAUUUCUCUCUUUCACUGUUUACAUUUGUAAAGUGCCGGACUGCUUGAAGCUCAUGCAUGUUUUUGCAGCCAUUCGAAACUGUUCUUUUUGUUUGUUUUGUUGUCUGUGUUUGAAAUAUUCCUAAUUUAUGGAUGCUGCAUGUUGGUUGUUGUGUGUGUAACUGGAAAAAAAAAACAAAACAAGAAGCUGUUCCACUGCUGAACUACAGGGUUGAGAGUAGCCAGUUGAUUGAUGGAGUUUCGUGGGAAGCGAGCACUUGAGCGCGUGAGUUGUGAAUGUUUUUGUGUGUACAUAUUGGGGGAUCCUCCGGUGACACUUCUGCUUGAACCCUCUGUCCUGUCGUCUCGUGUCCACGGCUCGGCCAGUCGUAACCACCGUGCCAUGCGUCUGACAGGUCAUCAUGUUUCAGUGAUGAGGAUUUACGCUCAGAAACGCAAGAUAAACGAUAAACAAAUAUAACAGGACAAAGCUGUCAAGUAGAGUGCUGCCGGCUUUGUUGUGACUACUGUGAUGAUGCUACCAUGUCUGAUUUCUACUUGCAUUCAUGUCAGGGAAAACAAAGUCUCAUGUGUGUUGUGUAAUGAAUGAUUGUGAAUGAGUGCAGUGUAACUGUUCAGGGAUAAUAUUAUGUACAUAGAUUGACAUUCUUGCUGUUGCUUUACUUACUAUUGUUAUUAUUAUUGAUAUUACCUGCCUCCACUUUUGCUAGCAUCGUCUCCUUUACGCUGAACACUGGCUGUUGUGAAGCUAUACCACUCUUCUUUGUAAACUCAACACCAUUUUGUAAUUGAGGAGCCUCAAUAAAGAAUUGAGGUGAAA